AUGGAGUCCCAAGAUGCAGCUGCUCAGUCUCUCCGGGCCCCCAAAUGCUCACGCUGCCGGAACCACGGCUUUGUGGUACCCGUGAAGGGCCAUGCAGGCCACUGCCGCUGGAAGCAGUGCCCAUGUGAAAAAUGUGCUCUCAUUACUGAACGCCAGAAGAUCAUGGCUGCGCAGAAGGCCUUGAAGAGGCAGGGACCGGACUCCCCACUCAGGGAAAUGUUGCCACCUGGUCAGCACAGUCGCAGCGAUGAACAGGUGGCAGCCACAGGUGGCGGCAGAAAGUGCUUCAGGCUGAAUCUUUCAGAACCCCACACCCAGGGGUCUGUUGUGCAGGAAGGAGCUAAGGUGACUUCUGCAGCAGUUAGCCACUGUACGAGGACAAAGACUGCCAGGACACCACCCAAACCCAGCUCUCCAACCUUCAUAGACUUAGACCAGCCUCAAGGAUGUGCCGCUGUGGGCCCAGAAUCUGUGGAGAGGGAGCCUCCCAAAGUGUAUCCUGGGUAUUCUGGGAUGUACCCUUACCAUCCAUUUUCUGUUGGAUUUGCUAUCAACCAAACAGGCUACAGAGGCCCUUCACCUGCCUCCGUCUUACCCCUGCAAGCAGGUUUCAGGCACUUUCCUAGCAAUCAUGGGCCAGGAGGUGUUGCUUCUAUGCCAAUGCAAGAUGUAGGUGGAGAUUUUUGUCCAGGUUAUUACACUCCAUUUCCACCUUUUAUACCUCAGGGAUUUGUGCCAGGGAUUCACUACAUUCCGCCACCUCUCUCACUGAAUGUUGUGGCUGAAGCUGCAAAGGAAACAUCUGGUAAGCAUUCAAAAGGUUCCGUUGAUAGCCAGGAUUCUGGAGUGAUAUCUGAACGCAGCCUGCCAUCUUCUCAGGAAGAUGCCAGUGGAAAAUGUUCCUCAGUGGUGCCAUUCUGA